GUAAUGAAUUGUCCAUCUUCAGGGAUGAAUACAAACCCAUUGCCUCAGAAGGUUUCGGGAAUGUCAAUGAACUCAAUGUCCACGUAUAAGUCUUCAAGUGGAGCAGACCAUUUCUUUGGUUCUGGUUGGGAUCCGAUCGUUUCUUUGAGUCAGGGUGAAAACUUUGGAGUUUCUUCAAUGGUUUCUCAUUGUGAAUUUGCUACUUCUCCUUACCCUGUUGUAAUGGAAAACCAGGUUAUUAGUAGCACCGCCAACUUAGCUCAGUAUCCAUCUGAUCCAAGUUUUGUUGAGCUUGUGCCAAAGAUUCCAGUCUUUGGAAGUGGCAACUUCUCAGAAAUGGUUAGUUCCUUUGGCUUACCUGAGACUGCGCGUAUUGCUAAUAGUGGGUGUCCUCCAAAUUAUACUCCAAAUAAGGACAGUGGAAAUGAGAGGACUUCAACAAAUGUGGCACAAUGUUUUGAGGACCGUCAAAUCUCAGAGGAGGCAGCCAUAGGAGCUUCAACCAAUGGAAAGACAAGAAAACGAGCACCUGAGUCAAGUUCUCCUUCCAAUCCCGAUAAGAAUGCCAAUGAAGAGCGUCAAAAGGAUCCCUCUGGAGAGAGUUCUGGUACUGUGAAAGAACAAGAUGAGAAGAAACCAAAAAUUGAACAAAACACAGGUGCAAAUUCGCGUGGUAAACAAGCUGCUAAACAAGCUAAAGACAGUUCUAAUAGUGUCGAGGCUCCUAAAGAAUAUAUUCAUGUGAGAGCCAAAAGGGGCCAGGCUACUAAUAGUCACAGCCUUGCAGAGAGGGUGAGAAGGGAAAAGAUUAGUGAGCGGAUGAGAUUGCUUCAAGAACUUGUUCCUGGAUGCAAUAAGAUCACUGGUAAAGCAGUCAUGCUUGAUGAAAUUAUCAAUUAUGUGCAGUCACUGCAACAGCAGGUUGAGUUUCUGUCGAUGAAACUUGCUACUGUCAACCCUGAAUUGAACAUUGAUAUUGAAAGGAUUCUAUCCAAAGAUAUUCUCCAUUCACGUAGUGGGGGUGCAGCUAUUCUCGGAUUCAGUUCUGGAAUGAACUCCUCUCAACCUUACUCACAUGGAAUUUUCCAAGGAACCAUGCCAAGUAUCCCUACUGCUAAUCCACAAUUUCCUCCCUUGCAUCAGACUAUAUUAGACCCUGAGCUCCAGAGUCUUUUCCAAAUGGGGUUCGAUUCCGGUUCAGCUGUUGACAGUGCGCGGUUGAAAUCAGAGCUCUGAUAAAUUGGAAGUGUGAAGGGGCUUAAGGUCCUGCUAACAGAGAAUCCAAAAGUUUCAAGUUGACUGCACAUUUUAACUCAUUUAGAAAAGGAAAAGAAAUAGAAAAAGAAAGAAACAGUUGUAUAGGUUCUCAGCUCCUUACUGUUUGUUCUUCGAACUUUUAGCAGAAGAAAACGACUUGGUAGAAUCACAAAGCAUUUAUGUAUAUUCAGACAUCAAAAUGAGACUUUGAUUAGUCAUGAUUGUUUUCAAUGGGUCUUGUAGAUUAGAGGAAGGAAGUAUGUGUGAAGUUCCUUUUUUUUUUUUUUUUAAUGAUUGUUUUCCGGAAAUUAUUCUUAAAAAAAAGAUGUCUUGUAGAUUGAACUGGAAAUUUGUAUGAUUGAGAUGAUGUUUCAGUUUAUUUGCAUUUAUUCUUAGGCAA